GUUUGUAUGCAACCACCACUUCUCUAUAUAUUUGUGUUCUGUGGUUGUGUGUAGAAGCCCUAACAAACAAAAAUCGUUAUAUGUGAUGGAUAACAAAUUACAGUCAUAACACUAACAUAACCUAACAUUUUCAUGUCUGUGUUUGUAAUUGAUGUUCUGUGAUUGAAAUAAAAACCCUACAGUCCAUUCAAUAAUUUAAUAAUAUAAACAAAAUUGAACUAUGAGUUUGCCUUUUUUUCCGAAGUGUUUACCUAAAAUGACCGAUCGAGCGUGGUUUGAUGUGGAUCAACCCUGUGCUCAUGAGGAUGAGGUAUUGCAGCUGGAAAAGGAACAUCAAGACUGGCUGGAAAGUAUAACUAAAACUCACUCAGAUAUACCUCCUAUUGGAAAAUCUACAACAGAACUUACUGGAGAUGAUGAUGAUGAAGAAGAGGAUGAUAAUGAUGAUGAUGACGAUGAUGACAGUGAAAGCCAUGAUGACGAGGAGGAAGAUGAAAUUGAGAUGGAAGCUGCAAACUAGGCAUUUUACUUAUCUUUUAAAAUACUUACUUCCAAUAUGUGAUAUAUGUAAUUGAAUGCCUCCUCAAAUAGGAGUGUAACCGUUUGAAGAUCAAUUUUACAGAAAAAGUAUCCACACCAUUGACUUUAUAAACUUUCUAUAGCCAAGACAACGUUUUCAACAGUAAAAAUGUUUUUGGGAGAACUAUGUCUCGUAGGAUCUUUUUCUAGUGUUAGUUAUAAUCUUGUUAGUGGCCAUUAUUUAAUUUUUACCCGGUAGAAUAUGUAUAAUAAAUAGAUCUGGUCAUUCCUUAUAGUGGAUAAAAUUAAUAUAGAUUAUUCUUAAAUAAAAUACUAUAUAUUUGA